GAAGCGGCGGCGCGACCGGGCGGCCAUGUCGCCUUUGUCUGCGGCGCGGGCGGCCCUGCGGGUCUACGCGGCCGGCGCUGCGGUGCUGGUGGCGCAGCUGCUGCGCCGCUGCCGCGGGGGCUUCGUGGAACCAGUUUUCCCCCGACAGCCGGACCGUGUCGCCAUAGUGACCGGCGGGACAGAUGGCAUUGGCUACGCCACGGCAAGGUACCUGGCGAGACUCGGCAUGCAUGUUAUCAUAGCUGGAAAUAAUGAGAGCAGAGCCCAAGAAGUUGUGAGCAAGAUAAAAGAAGAAACUUUGAACAACAAAGUGGAAUUUUUGUACUGUGACCUGGCUUCCAUGAGGUCCGUCCGGCAGUUUGUCCAGAACUUCCAGAUGAAGAACAUGCCUCUGCACGUCUUGGUGAACAAUGCUGGGGUCAUGAUGGUUCCGGAGAGGAGGACCCAGGACGGAUUUGAAGAACACAUUGGCGUGAACUAUCUGGGGCACUUCCUGCUCACCAAUCUGCUCCUGGACACCCUGAGGGUGUCUGGAUCUGCCGGCCAGAGUGCCAGGGUGCUCACCGUGUCCUCGGCCACACAUUACGUCGGCGAGCUGAACAUGGAUGACCUUCAGAGCAGAGAGAACUACUCACCUCACGGGGCCUACGCGCAGAGCAAGCUGGCCCUAGUCGUCUUCUCAUACCACCUCCAGAGGCUUCUGUCCGCCGAGGGAAGUCACGUCACGGCCAACGUGGUGGACCCCGGGGUGGUUGACACGGACCUCUACAGACACGUCUUCUGGGGCACACGUCUGGUGCAGAAGCUGUUCGCCUGGCUGCUCUUCAAGACCCCCGACGAAGGAGCCUGGACGUCUGUCUAUGCCGCGGUCACUCCAGACCUUGAAGGGGUUGGUGGCCGCUACCUCUACAAUGAGAAGGAGACCACGUCCCUUAAGGUCACCUACAACCACGAGCUGCAGCAGCAGCUGUGGGCCACCAGCUGCGAGAUGACCGGCAUCGUCGACGUGACCCGUGACACCAUCUUGAGAUAGCUGCUGUGCCAGGAAGACGUAGGCACUGGGCAGCCAGAGAGGACCACAGCGUUGGCCUUCCUCAUGUCCAUCUGCAGUCUGGACUCCAAUGCCUAAACUUUGGAAGGAAUUCAAGGAGAGAAGGAAGCGUGGAGGGGAACACCCCCAGGUGUUCUUCAGCCGCAAUCCUUGUGAUCCCAAAGUGCCAAAUUGUCACAGGUGCCAUCAAUAAUUAAAUCAUCUCACUUAAUUGUGCAGUUUUCCUUGCUUGGCUGCACAGGACUGAGUACGGAUGUUCCAGGAGAGAUAGCCCCUUUAUCAGGGACUGUCACACCCUGUGGGGAGCUGGUGCUUUGUGGGGUCUCUGGUUCCGUGUUGUUUUUUCACUAAUUCACUCUUGCAGAGACCCAGCUCAGAUCCACACAUCCCAGAAGCAGGGACAUGGGAGCUUAGACCCAGAUACAGGGUCAGUUUGUUUAUCCAUCCCUAACACCUGGUCAGCCUUACUCAAGAGUGGUCAGCAGGUGACGACAUGGUGCUGUCACAUCAGAGACACCCAAACAUUAGCCAGCUGCCGAGGGGAUUCCGUAGGGCCGGGGACAAGCUUAGUGAUUGGGGUUACUCUCAGAGUCUCUAGGAAUGGGGCAAGGACAGGGCCUGGGCAGAGGUCACCAUGGGAUUCUCUAGGGGAAGAUAAAAACAGGAAGGACCUGGACAGGGGAUCACUGUGGGAUUCUCUAGUAUAGGGACAAAGGCAGGGCCUGUACCAGGGUCACUGUGGGAUUCUCUAGUAUGAGUAUGGGCAUGGACUGGACAGUGGUCACCGUGGGAUUUGCUAGUAUGAGGACAAAGGCAGGGCCUGGACAAAGGAUUCUGUGGGAUUCUCUAGUAUGGGGACGGGCAUGGUCUGGACGGGGGUCACUGUGGGAUUCUCUAGUAUGGGGAUGGGCAUGGCCUGUACGGGGGUCACCAUGGGAUUCUCCAGGAUGGGAACAAAGGCAGGGCCUGGACAGGGGUCACUGUGGGGUUCUUCAGGAUGGGGACAAAGGCAGGGCCUGGACAAGGGUCACUGUGGCUUUCUCUAGGACAGGAACAAGAAUGGGGUCUGCACAGGGGUCACUGUGGGAUUCUCUAGUAUGAGGACAGGGCAUGGACUGGACAGAGGUCAUUGUGGGGUUCUCCAGGAUGGAGACAAAGGCAUGGCCAGGACAGGAGUCACUGUGGGAUUCUCUACUAUGGAGAUGGGCAGGACCUGGACAGGGGUCACUGUGGGAGUCUCUAGGAUGAGGACAAAGGCAGGGCAUGGACAGGGGUCACUGUGGGAGUCUCCAGGGUGAGGACAAAGUCAGGGCUUGGACAGGGGUCACUGUGGGGUUCUCCAGGGUGGGGAUAAAGGCAUGGCCUGGACAGGGGUCACUGUGGGGUUCUCUAGGACAGUAACAAGAACAGAGCCUGGACAAUGGUCACCAUGGGAUACUCAAGUAUGUAGACAUUGCAUGGCCUGGACAAUAGUCACCAUGGAGUUCUCUAGGACAGGGAUGAUCUCAUCUCAAGACCCUUCACUUAAUUACAACUUGAAAUACCUGUUUUGCAGGCAAGGUACCAUUCACAGACAUGAUGGAUGAAGACUUGCCCGUAACUUUUUGGGGUACACCAUCCAAUCUGCACCCUACAGGACGCAGACACCAUGGGGCUACACAGAGUGCCCAUUCCAUUUCUGGGGACCUGAAAAUCCAUGGACGUUGUAAUUUAUGUUAUACAUAUCCAAGGAUUCACGGGUGUACAAGGUCCCCGGUCACACAGGAUCCUGUGCACAUGAGGCACCUUAUUGGUUUAACACUCUGCCACCACCAUCUUGAAAUAACUGAGUUUAAAGAGGAGCCCACGUUUUCAUUUUCCACUGGGGCUAUACAUUUUAGAGCCCUCUGCUCAUACCCAUUCCCUCCUCAAGCCUGUGGAGCAAGUCAGCAGCAAGACACCUCCAUUUCCCUAGUGAGCCCUCUGCAAAGCCGUCAGUGAGGUCAUUCCUGUUACCAUGUGUGAAAAUCUCCCCAAAGGGUCCAGUAAGACCAGAGGUAUUGAGCUGCUUACUGGGCAAACCACAAAAAAUGACUGUUGCUCAGCCCACCCCCAACAUAAUUCUGGAGUUAAUUCUUCUGGGUAUCAGCAUUUAUUGAAAGUUUCCCAAGUCAUGCUCUUAUUCAGCCAAGUUUCAGAUCCCCUAAGCCGGGCAGAUGCCAAGUGUGGCUUCCAGCCUUGGGUGCAUGCCAGCGCCUCCAAUCCCUUCCAUAAUAGGAUCAACUCAAACACCCAGAACUGCUCAGAUGUUGUGCUAAGCCCUGGAGCCCAGACAAGUAUGUUUCUGAACUGGAGUGAGUUUAUACUUUAAGCCAAGAUUGAGGCAUGCCCUCUUCAGAAUAACAUUUCUGAACAGCCAGGACUAUGUACCCAAAAGCAGAGUCUUGAAUUCUAGGAAGAGCUCAGCCUUUGAGCACUGGCAUAUCAUCCGAGAGCGCACUGGCAGCUUCAAGACAUGGCACAGAAGCACCAGCGUCUCUUUAUCAUCAGCACAAAGGCAGCUCCAAGUACAAGUGCCUGAUGAGAUGACAGGAUAUCUCUUCACCAAGCUUUAUGUUUUUAUUGCUGAGCGAAAAAGCAUACUGGCAAGUGACAGAUGCCAGAGUCCCCAGGCUGCGAAGAUGGGCUCUGGGAGCAAUUAGAAUCUUGUACAACUCUGCCCUCUGAGUGUUCCUCUGUGUCGCUGUUCAUCCCUGGGAAACAGAGAACAUGAUUCUGGAGAAGUUACUGUGUUCUUCAUGACACCUGACUGUACAAUUUCUUGGAGCCGGGAAGCACUUCCCAGCAGCUGCAGAAAUGUAGUAAAUUGCGUGGUUGGUGACCGUGGAAAUUGUUUACACACAGCUUCUGCCCAGACAGGAUUCCACUCACCAGAAAGCAGCCAGGGAAGGAGAGCGUUGUCCACCUUGCUAAGAAUUAGAGUAUCUGGAAUCACAGUGCUGGGAAAACUCAAGCUAGGAAAAAGUGGCAAGAGGUUUCCUUCAAGCAGUCCCCGUGGAACCCAGAGACGAGAACCAGGGGCUUCCCGCGUGGGAACCACCAUGCACACCUUCACUUAGACGCUGGAAACAGGCUUCUCUCUUGGAAACAAUGACGGUGGGAUUCCAGGCAGGCACCAGCCAGAGAAACCAUGUCUACUAACCACUUUCCUGUUACCUCUCACUGUUUGGCACAAAGUCAAGCCCAAUAGCAAAGCAAAGAUUUCGGAAAACUAAAACGAACCUCGAAAUACGACACCUAAGUUUUGCAGGCAGAAACUUCCUGCGGCUCAUUCGAAGAUUUGAGGCUAUUUUUUGUUUGUUUGGUUUUUUGGUCCUCCCUUUUCUUUCCCUGUAAUCUGCAGCCAGUUUUACUUAGGAAAGGUGGGAGGGGCAAAAAUAAGAGACAGAAAUUGCAAAUACAUCUUCCACCUGAAAAUGUCAGCGUCCUGUUUCAGGUGACGUUUAGCUGAAUGCAACUUACACAGGAAGGUAAGAUUUGGAGCCACGGGAGCGUGCAGCCACACUCUCAUCAUCUUGGCGAGAUGGUGGGCAAGAGGGAGACUCAGCCCACCAGCACUGAUAACCCCCCUCUUUCCCAACCCUGGGGAAAGUAAGAACAAGAAGGAUCAGGUCGUGGGGCGAAGCUUAGGAAAACAGGAUGAGGCCUCGGUGGUGGUACCACUAGCAGCUUCGUGUCCUGCAUAACAUUCAUACCUGUGCGGGG